AUGGUGCUUCUAAAGGUAUCUUCAAUGAAGGGUGUUAUUCGGUUUGGAAAGAUAGGCAAACUAGCUUUGAGAUAUAUUAGAUCAUAUGAAGUGCUACAAAGGGUCAGAAAUGCAUCUUCUAAGUUAGCUUUGCCACCAGAAAUGGAAAGAAUCCAUCCUGUGUUCCAUGUUCCUAUGUUGCAGAAGUUUGUAUCAAAUCCGAACAUGGUUACAAGUGAACCAGACAUGGAGAUUUUGGAAGAUCUUUCUUAUGUUGAACAACCUAUCCGGAUUGUAGAUAUUCAAGUAAGGAAGCUGAGGAAUAAGGAGAUACCUAUGGUCAAGGUGUUGUGGAACCAUCACAAUAUGGAAGAGUGCAUGUGGGAAACUUGUGACUCCAUGAUACAAUAA